AGCUCCCCCACCGACCCCAAGUACGACAACUACGAUUACCCGACCACCGCGCCGGAGAAGCAAGAUGGCCACCCCGGCCACACCACCCCGGAACAGGAUGCGCAGGUUCACCAGUUGCGGACGAUGCUCGAGCAGCUCGGUUACACGGAGCGAUUGGAUACUCUGACUCUGCUGCGAUUCCUGCGUGCCCGCAAGUUCGAUGUUGAGGCGUCCAAGGCUAUGUUCGUGAACUGUGAGGAGUGGCGCAAGAAGUUUGGCACCGAUGACCUGCCCAAGACCUUCGAGUACCCCGAGAAGCCCGACGUGUUCAAGUUCUACCCUCAAUACUACCACAAGACCGACAAGGAUGGCCGCCCCGUCUACAUCGAGAAGCUGGGCAAGAUCGACCUGAAUGAAAUGUACAAGAUCACCACCGGCGAGCGCAUGCUGCAGAACCUGGUCACCGAGUACGAGAAGCUGGCCGACCCCCGUCUGCCCGCCUGCUCCCGCAAGGCCGGCAAGCUCCUCGAGACUUGCUGCACCAUCAUGGACUUGAAGGGCGUUGGCAUCACUAGCAUCCCCUCCGUCUACGGCUACGUCCGCCAGGCCUCCGAGAUCUCCCAGAACUACUACCCCGAGCGCCUGGGCAAGCUGUACCUGAUCAACGCCCCCUGGGGUUUCAGCAGCGUCUUCUCCGUCGUCAAGGGCUUCCUCGACCCCGUCACCGUGAACAAGAUCCACGUCCUCGGCUCCGGUUACCAGAAGGAGCUCCUCGCCCAGGUCCCCGCCGAGAACCUCCCCGUCGAGUUCGGUGGUUCCUGCAAGUGCGAGGGCGGCUGCGAGUUGUCCGAUAUGGGUCCCUGGCAGGAGUCUGAGUGGGCUCGUCCUCCCGCGUGGGCCACCGCUGCUCCUAAGAAGGAGGGCGAGGAGGCUGUCAUUCAGAACGAGGAUCCCGGCCUCGAGAAGAAGGAUGCUGAGGGUCAGGAGGGUGCCCAGGCCAGCGCUUAA